CCAUCAACUUAAAAAAUAUUCACAAAGGAUUUUUAUUUUUUUUUAUUCUUUUAUUAUUUGUUUUUUCAGUUGCUUAUUUUGCCUUGCUUUCCUUUGCUUUGCCUUGCCCUGGAAUUCUAAAUUAAAACUUGUAAACAAAUUUAUUCAAGAUUUGGGAUGAAAUCCGGUCGGAUCUUGCUUUGUGGGAUGUGGAUUUUGGUGGGUCUUAUUUCAAUACAAAGCUCUUCUUUUCGGUUUCUCCUCCUCCCAUAGUUUUCACAAAUCAGACUACAGAGAGAAAAGCAGAGUUCCUCUGGAUAUAUCCCCUGUUUCUUAAUAUUAUUCUUCUCUAUUCGAUCUCUGGCUUUGGCUUUGAUCUUGGAACUGUAAUUGGAGCAAUGGGCAUGGCUACCGAGUCGCAGUUUCAUGUUUUGGCUGUUGAUGACAGCCUCAUAGAUAGAAAGCUGAUUGAGAAGCUCCUCAAGACCUCAUCGUAUCAAGUUACUACAGUUGAUUCUGGUACAAAGGCUCUAGAGUUUCUGGGUUUGCAUGAAGAUGACCAAAGCAACCCAAAUACAGCCCCUGUUUUCCCAAACAAUCAUCAGGAAGUGGAAGUGAAUCUUAUUAUUACAGAUUACUGUAUGCCUGGCAUGACAGGCUAUGAUUUGCUCAGGAAAAUCAAGGAGUCUUCUUCCCUGAGAAACAUACCAGUGGUGAUUAUGUCAUCUGAGAAUGUGCCUUCAAGAAUCAACAGAUGCUUGGAAGAAGGAGCAGAAGAGUUUUUCUUGAAGCCAGUAAGACUAUCAGAUGUGAAUAGGCUUAAGCCACAUAUAAUGAAAACAAAAUUGAAGGAUCAAAAACAAGAAAACACAGAUGAUGAUGAUGAUGAAUCAGGAAACCCAGUUCUUCAAUCACAAGAAGAACACCCGCAGCGGCAACAGCAACAGCAACAACACCACCACCAACAUAGCAAUAGUAACAAGAGGAAGGCCUUGGAAGAAGGGCUUUCACCUGAAAGAACAAGACCCAGAUACAAUGGCGUCACCACAGUGGUCUGAUGAUUAAUCAUGAAAAUAAUUUUCCCCUUUGAUCUGAACAAUGUAAUUUUUAUAAUUUUUUUUUUUUUUUUUUUUUUUAAUCUUAAACUGUGCGCUGGUUAAUACAGGGUCAAUAGGAGUGUAGAGAGAGCUGUUUCAUGUAUACAUUUUACAUGAAAAUAUUUCAAUCCAA